AUGCCUCCGACCCUGGCCUCCGCGUUCGCCAGGCGCUGGUGGAUGGCGGUGACUGCCAUCAUCGAGAACCUGCUGUUCUCCGCCGUGCUGCUGGGAUGGGGGUCGCUCCUCAUCAUGCUCAAGUCGGAGGGGUUCUACUCUUACCUCUGCAACGAGGAGGAGGGCAACAGUUCCAGCUACAACCUGUCCCAACACGCGGCGACGCCGCCACCAGCUAACGAGUUCGCCGACUACUAUGAAAGUGAGGGCGUCGUGGUUGGUCUGGGAGACGGGGUAGAGAUGAGGCCCCUGGUCCCCAUGGAUGGGCCCCUGAGGAUGAACGGCUGGCUGAUUUGUAAAGAACAGGACGAGAUGCUGAACCUGGCGUUCACCGUGGGCUCCUUCCUGCUCUCGGCCAUCACGCUGCCGCUGGGGAUCGUCAUGGAUAAAUACGGGCCCCGCAAGCUACGACUGCUCGGCAGCACGUGUUUUGGAUUGUCCUGUCUAAUGAUUGCCUACGGAGCCUACCGACCAAAUGAACUCUCCGUCCUUAUCUUCGUCGCCCUGACUUUCAAUGGCUUCGGGGGCAUGUGCAUGACCUUCACCUCUCUCACACUCCCGAACAUGUUUGGGGACCUCCGUUCCACCUUCAUCGCCCUGAUGAUUGGCUCCUACGCCUCAUCCGCCGUCACAUUCCCUGGCGUCAAGGUGAUCUAUGACCUUGGCAUACCUUUCAUCACUAUUCUGGUGGUGUGGGCCGCCUGUGCCGCGCUGGUCUUCCUGAACUGCCACUUUAACUGGCCAAUGGAACCGUUCCCAGGGCCAGAGGACAUGGACUACACCGUGAAGAUUAAGUUCAGCUGGCUGGGCUUUGACCACAAAAUCACCGGAAAGCAGUUCUACAGCCAGGUGACCACAGUGGGCCGCCGCCUCAGCCUGGGCAACAGCCUGAAGCAGAAGGAGCUGGCCACCAAGGACGGACACAAGCUCUGCCUCUCCACCAUGGACCUGGAGAUGGACUGCAAGCAACAGAAAGAGACCCAGUCAUUCAUGAAAACUAUCACCACCCCGAUCUUCAUGCUCAGUCUGGUGACCAUGUCCAUCACUCAGCUGCGCCUCUUGUUCUACAUGGGGGCCAUGAACAAUGUCCUGGAGUCGCUCACAGACGGAGACCUCAACACAGUGAGCCUGUACUCCUCCAUCUUCGGUGUGCUGCAGCUGCUUUGUCUGAUGACGACACCCGUGAUUGGUCAGAUCAUGGACUGGAAGCUGAAGGAAUGUGAUGAUGGCGAGGCGGAAAAGGAGCCCUGCAGCAAGGAGCUCCAGAAAAAGCCCAGAGACAAAAAGAUGCAGAAGGUGACCAAUGCCUUGAGAGCAUUCGUCCUCACCAACGUCCUUUUAGUGGGAUUUGGGAUCACCUGCUUGGUGCCCAACCUCCCCCUGCAGAUUGUGUCCUUUGUGUUACACACUGUGGUGAGAGGCUUCAUUCACUCUGCUGUUGGUGGCCUCUAUGCUGCUGUGUAUCCCUCCUCCCAGUUUGGCAGUCUUACAGGCAUGCAGUCUCUGGUCAGCGCUGUGUUUGCUCUCCUGCAGCAGCCUCUGUUUUUGGCCAUGAUGGGACCCCUGGGAGGAGAUCCGUUCUGGGUCAACAUUGGACUCCUUGCUCUCAGCAUGCUGGGAUUCCUGCUGCCUCUGUACCUGAUCUGCUACAGGCGGAUGCUCCACAGACAGCAACAGGAGAAGGAGGACAACGCCAAAAUCUACAUCCGGAUCAACGGCUCCGACAUCCCCGAGGCCUACGUCUAGAGAACCAAGAAGAUGAACAGAGGAUGAGGAAUGAUUUUAUACUGGCAUACAAAAAGACAACUGGAAUCUUAACUGUCUAGAGUAUCACAUUUAAACAUACUGUGAUUUAAUUGUUAUGGGUACACACACACACACGCACACACACGCACACACACACACACACACACACACACACACACACACACACACACAAACAGACUGCCAGAAACCCACCAAGAUAAUCUGAUUCUGCAGUUUUCUUGGGAGUCUACCGGACCGUCGCUGUAGAGGAAACUGAAAGGUGGAGUGGGAAAAGAAGAGCAAGAGAGAGGAAGAGACUGUGAAAGGAAAGAGGAAUCAGCCCUCUGCAUUCCCCCCAAAAAUCCUCCGACUUCUCUUUGUAUUCCCCCCCUCCCCUCUGUCCGAGCGACGCAUGAGCGCAGCUGCACGCCACGCAAGACCGCUUCAAUAUUCCCCACGUGAGCGGAAAAAAAAGGGGAAAGGGAUCUGGUUUAUUUCCACCUGUGAAAGAAGACCUCGCCAUUAUUUGGUGAAUCAGUCCACUAUUAUAAAUCGUGUUAUCUCUUCUUGUCUGAUUGUAAAUCCUAUCGUGUGGUGCUUCAUGUCUAUUCAUAAACUGGAUUAUGUGAUAUGGUGUAAGGUAAGUGCGGACUAAAAUGGCAUUAAUAAGCGACAGGGAGGAGAGAAGAGCCUUACUGCUGAUGUUUCUCGGCUGAGUGGGAGUUAUGCAGUAGUUUUGGGAGUGUGUUCUGUGAGACUGAUAUCAAACAAACCAGUAUGUUUCUUGUAUGUUAGAGUAUUUAUUUUUAUUUCCUGCUUUCUUGAGUUUUUUUCUUUUUAGCCUUUACCAUGGGUGCCUUUUGAAUACACCUGAGUAGAUUUAUUAAUCAGGCAGCAUGUUCUGUUGAACGUUUUGCAUACUAUUUCGUUUGGAGAAACGCAAUAUGCUCCAUUAAGCGCAUCAGUGAAUCACUCCCAUCCAAACCCCUUAGCUUGAAGUCAGUAUUUCAUACCACUGUCGAGAAGAGUUCAGCACUUUAAACCCGUUUUCAAACCCUCUACAUUUCACACACAUCAGCUCCUUUCAGCACUUCUCUCCCGAUCCCUUCCUAGAGAAAUAGUCCCUCUUUUAAUUUUGAGCCUUCUUACGUGUAUUUAUUUUUUAUUUUACACUCUUUUUUUUUUUUCCAUAACAAGUUUCAUGAUGUAUUUGAAGUGUGCUGUGCAGGGCAACUACUGUCUUCUGUCACUGAAGCUAACGUACAGAUGUUUUGUUGUGCAGGAAUUCCUGUUUAAUAAUGGAAGAAUUUGUGGGUGGGGGGGUUAAUAAAGAUGAGUUGAUCUCUUGAAA